UCGUUGCAAACGAGCGGUUUUGUGGCGUCAUUUUUCCUGCGUCAAACGUUCAAUUUUGUGCUGCAAACCCUCUGAUCUCCAUCUUUAGGAAUUGUUUGGGAGUAUUCCUCAUAAAAAUGGGAGAAAUAAGAUUCCCCAGGCACAUGUUCCUGUGGUGCCUGUCGGCAAUCUAUAUGUUUGCGUUUGCGUCUCUUUAUGUGCAAAUUCCAGGUCUGUAUGGGAAUGAGGGUUUGCUGCCAGCCCGCUGGACUCUUCGGGUUUCUGCUAAAAGUCUUGUGGAGCAGCUGAAGGAUUCUCCCACCCUGCUGUGGUUUGGUCCUCGUCUGGGUUUGGACACACAGCAGUGUAUGGAGCUGCUGAGUCUGACCGGAGCUCUCAUCAGUUUAAUGGCUUUGGCUGUACCUGUAUUAAGAGACUGUCGAGUAUUCCUGAUCCUAUGGAUCCUUUACCUGUCACUAUACAAGGUGGGCCAGGUCUUCUUAUACUUCCAGUGGGAUAACCUCUUAUUGGAGACUGGCUUUCUGGCCAUUCUCGUCGCUCCCAUGAACAUGCCCUGGUCUUCUAAAGUGCGUCUCCACGACAACGUGACUUUCUGGCUGGCGCGCUGGCUGUUGUUUCGGCUGAUGUUUGUGUCAGGUGUGGUCAAGUUGACCAGCCGCUGUCCCACCUGGUGGGGCUUGACAGCGAUGACCUAUCAUUACGAGACUCAGUGUAUACCCACCCCGCUGGCCUGGUUCGCUCAUCAGCUGCCCUUGUGGUUCCAGAAACUCAGUGUGGUGGGAACGUUUGUCAUCGAGAUCGCUGUUUCUUUUCUGUUCUUCAGUCCUAUACGAAGACACAGACUCGCUGCCUUCUACAUGCAGAUUCUGCUUCAGGUUCUGAUUAUCCUGUCUGGGAAUUACAACUUUUUUAAUAUUCUCACCAUCACUCUGUGCCUCUCGCUGCUGGACGAUCAACACGUCAACUUCUGGCUCUGCCGAAGCCCACCAAAGACAGAGAAGAGUACAGACUCACCGACACAGGGAUCUUUGCAGACUCUUUUGUCUGGUGUCGUGUUGAUGUUGGAGAUUGGUGUCUACGCUCUGCUCGGCUACUGGACCGUUCUCUACUUCGACCUGCAGGUGGACUGGGAAAAGAAAAACAUCUCUUCCAAAACAGCAUUCACAUAUUUUGAGUUUAACGGGUUUCUGAAGGCCGUGACGGUGCCCAGUAUCUGGAUGGGUGUCAUGUCUCUCACCUGGGAGAUCAUCGCUGCAAUGUUUAAGAGUGCUUGUGUGAAGGGUUUGUUUUGGCGUCUCUGGAGCACAAUCCAGUGGGCGAUUAUGGCCACAGCCACAGUUUCAAUGUUUGCCAUCAGUCUGGUUCCAUACACCUACAUGGAGAACAACGCUCACAAUGAACUUUGGCCUGGGAUCCGGAAAGCGUUUGAGUUAACUGAACGCUAUCAGCUUGUCAGCUCAUACGGAUUGUUCAGGAGGAUGACCGGGGUCGGAGGCCGUCCAGAGGUGGUGAUCGAGGGCAGCAUGGAUCGCAACACAUGGACGGAGAUCGAGUUCAUGUAUAAGCCCGGGAACAUGACAGCAGCGCCUCCUGUGGUGACUCCGCACCAGCCCAGACUGGAUUGGCAGAUGUGGUUUGCUGCUCUUGGACCGAACACGCAAAGCCCCUGGUUCAACAGUCUCUUACACCGACUGCUGCAGGGACAACAAGAUGUAAUAAGACUCAUUCAGACAGAUGUGAGUCAGUAUCCCUUCAGUAAACAGCCUCCAACGUAUCUCAGAGCUCACCGCUACAAAUACUGGUUCACCGAGCAGAAAAAGGAUGGAUCAUAUCCCCAGCGCUGGUGGAGAAGGGUGUAUGUGGAAGAGUUCUAUCCCAUAGUGCACCUUGGUGAUCCUUACCUAGAACGUAUGCUAGAUCAACAUGGUCUCAAGGAUAAAGCUCCUUCGAGGCGCACUUCGAAUGCUUGGUUGCCACAGUUAUUGCGGCAUGUUAGUGAGCAUGUGCGUGAGAUACCAGCUCCUCUUCUGCUGUGGACUCUCUUCAGCUCGGCAGCAACCGUCUGUCUACUCCACACUUUAUUUUCGCACAAACAUCGGCACCACGAGCCUCACCGUAGCCAGAACACAGAUAAAGAGAACACGGAAGAGACGCACUCCAAUAAGGUCGAGGAGGAUGAAAAGAAACAUGUGGAAGAGAACGAAGACGGAACAAAUGAGGAUUCAGAGGUAGAUGAUGAUGGACAAGAGGAAGAGGAACAGGAGGCAGAAGGUAAACAGGAAGAGGAAGUGAGCUCAGAGGAAAACGAAGUAGACAGCCUCAGGAAAAGAAAGUGAGGGUUUCUUUAAAAACAUCUCGGGGUAAAAACAUCUGCACUUGUUAAGAUCUGUACUGUGUCAAAACGCUUGUUUUUAUGUAUGUGUUUGAGAGAUGGAGAGCUUAAUUUCAGGCUGUGCCCUUAUAAUAUAUUUCUUACAAAAUCACACCAGAAUCAAAGGGACCUGGGGCGAAAUGGAAAAACAAGGUAGGUUAUUGUUUUUUCACACACUACGCGACGCUUUUGACAAACUGCGGCCACUACAUCUCUCUGAUAUCUAAAAAGGUUAUACUGUAGUUUCAGAUGCACGUUCUGUCCUGUACCUAAUGGUAUAACUAGAAUAAAAAGCCUAGCAUCAAAGUUUACUUUAAAGGUAUAACAAAAUCUGAAAAAACGUUUUUAUUUAAAAAGAAACUGUAUGAAAACAUUUAGAUGUAAUGUGGUGUUUUUCUUCUUCAGACAAUCAUUUGUAAAUGUGUUGUGUGAUGAUAUUGUUUAUGGGACUGUAGUUGGUCUGUGUCUGUGUUUUUGUAUUGAUGCAAAAUCUGUCGUCAUGUCUAUAUUUCACCCCGUGAUCUUAAAACAAAAGGCCCCAUUCUGUAAUAGUUUGAAUGUUUAUUUUGGUAAUAUGUAUAAAAAACACACUUCAAUGUUUUG